AUGUCGACCUACCAUCAAGACAAUGACCCUCCAGAUAAGGGAGAGAUGGGAAACACAGUGACACCCCGGCUGCGCCCCCGCACCAGGGCCGGUACGGCUCCCCCACAGCAGCAGCAGCAUCACCCGGCGGGGAAGGGACCCGGUGGCCGCCGCCGCCUCCCCCCCUCCCCCACGCGGGGCCAGCACCGGGCAGCGCCGGCUGCUGGGGCUCUCCGGGGGGAGGCCGACGGCCCCCGCACGGACCCCGCGCAGCCCCCCCGGGGGGGCGGUGAUGGUGACAUUUUAGGCGCAGGAGCGGCGCUCCCGGAGGCCGGCUGCCGCAGGGCCGGCUCCGGAGCCGCGCGGCGGCGGGGCCGGACCCCGGCGAAGACCCGGGCAUCCCGGCGGGGCCAUCCCCGCGCCGCCGCACCGGCGACCGCCGGCGGCGGCGACCGCCGGCGGCCCACACUGCGAACAAUAAAGCGGGCCCCGGCGGGCCGGGCGCCCACCCGCCCGCAGCGGAGCAGCGCGGCCGCGCCCCCCCCACACACCCCGCCCAGGCCACCCCCCCGGUGCGGGCGGCGGCAGCGGCGGAGGGGCUGCGAGCCGGGCCGCGGCGCCGCGCAACGCCCCCGGCGCGGGGCGCUCCGCCAGGGCGCACCGGCGUGA